GUACUACAGAUGAAAAUGGGCGUUUCCUUCGAUCCCCAUUGCAUAUUUUCUUCUAACGUGAUACCAAAGAUUCAACAAAAAAAAAACGUAAAUAGCAUGCCAAAUCAAAAAUGGGCUCUGAAAAAAUGCAGCGGUCUUAUCCUACUAUGCUUAGCCACCACGCAGUGGCUGCCGACGUGCGGAAUUCCCGUGAGAGAAAGAUCGAAAAGAGAAGCGGAGAUUGCGAAUACAAAUUGGACCGGACUUGCUGAUGAAUGGUUGAUGGCAAAGGAAAGGAUAGCGAACAGGAUGGGAAUCCCUUUACUCCCAAAUAGCAAUACGACGCACGAAGUUCCAAUAGUUGAAAUUGUCGUAAACGGUACAAAUAAUGACCCUGAGCAACUUUCGCGGUUCAAUUACUCCCGGAUGCUCUGGGAUUUGGAGUCCUCUCAAAAGUCUGGUCAUCUUUCGGGAUUCGUUGACAAGGCACUCAAGCUCUUGGAUCUGAGGCAAGUGAUGAUGGAAGUUGAGACAUCGGUAAUGUCGAAGGUCUCUUGCACAGCUUGCAAAGUCGGCGCUGGACUUCUUCAGCAUUAUAUCAAAAGUGGGAAAACUGAGGAAGAAAUAAUGGCUAGCAUAUAUCAAUUUUGUGUAUCGCUGAAGAUACAAAGUCCCCGGGUAUGCCAGGGCGUUACGUUGCUUUUUGGAGGUGAAGUCAUCUACGUGUUGAAGCAAAUCAGUAUGGGGCCAUCGCAGAUUUGUAGUUUCGUUAUCGGCGAUGCUUGCGACGAUGCUUAUAAUCCUCAACACGAAUGGGAAGUUGCUUUUCCUCCGGUCAACAAACCGCCGAUACAACCACCGAUUCCUCCUAUCGAAGGAGCACCGACCUUCAAGGUGCUCCACAUAUCGGACACCCACUAUGACCCCUAUUAUCAGGAAGGAACAAACGCUGAUUGCAACGAACCUCUUUGCUGUAGACUAACGAACGGCGCACCGUUAACGGCAUCGGCAGCAGCCGGAAGAUGGGGGGAUUACAGAAAGUGCGAUACACCCAAGAGAACUGUAGAUCAUAUGUUGAAACACAUAGCAGACACACAUUCGGAUAUAGACUACAUUUUAUGGACGGGUGAUUUACCACCUCACGACGUAUGGAACCAAACUAGAGAAGAGAAUCUUCGAAUUUUACGCGACACCGUUACCCAAAUGAUCGAAAUGUUCCCUGGAAUUCCGAUAUUUCCUGCUUUAGGAAAUCACGAGAGUGCUCCCGUAAACAGCUUCCCUCCGCCCUUCGUACCUGAAGACAACAGUAUCUCCUGGCUUUAUGACGAGCUUGAUAAGGAGUGGAGAAGAUGGCUACCUGCGGGAGUAUCUCAUACUGUAAGACGCGGGGCUUUUUACUCUGUUCUCGUCAGACCAGGGUUCAGAAUAUUGUCGGUGAACAUGAAUUAUUGCAACAACAAGAACUGGUGGUUACUGAUAAACAGCACGGAUCCGGUCAGUGAACUUCAGUGGUUGAUUUACGAACUUCAGGGGGCUGAAAUAAACGGUGAAAAAGUUCACAUAAUCGGACACAUACCGCCAGGACAUUCAGAUUGCUUGAAAGUUUGGUCCAGGAAUUAUUACCACAUAAUCAAUCGUUACGAGUCGACAAUCACUGCCCAGUUCUUUGGACAUACUCAUUAUGAUGAGUUUCAGUUAUUCUACGAUACAACGGACCUUGGAAGGGCCCUUGGCGUCGCAUACAUAGGGCCAUCAGUUUCACCUUACAUUGAUCUGAACCCCGGAUACCGAAUAUACUACGUCGAUGGCGAUCAUGCGAAAACUACUAGGAUGGUCGUCGAGCACGAGUCGUGGGUGAUGAAUCUGAAAGAAGCAAAUCUAUACGACUAUCCAAUAUGGCAAAAAAUGUACACAGCUCGUCAGGCCUACCAGAUGGCAUCGCUUUUGCCCCGUGAUUGGGACUCUUUGAUCGAUAAAAUGACUAACGAACCGUCGCUAUUUGACCUUUACUACAAGCACUACAACAAAAAUUCUCCGGUCAGACCCGCGUGUAAUGACGAGUGUCGCAAGCGUUUACUUUGCGAUUUACGAAGCGGUAGGAGUCACGAUAGGAAAGCACUUUGUCAGAGUUUGGAAUCCAGAAUAGACGGAGAAACUAGAACUGGAUGGAGAGCUUGGAUAUACAACGGUCUCGCACUAUCGGUAUCAGUCGUCAUGGCGAUUCCAAGAUUUGCUUACAACUUACCGAAAUAUGUCCUAGGUCUCGGGUAAGCGAAAAAAUAAAUUACAAAAUUGAACGGAAUUCGAGACGACAGAAAAAUAACGCAAACUGUGGUUUUAAUCUAAGUAUUCGAACCGACAUAAGUAGCUCCGCGAAGCUGACGUUGUUUGAUCAAAAUUUGAAUGGGUAUACAAGAUUCAGAAAAUUGUUACACCCGAAGUAACUGUAAAAUUAAAAUCUAUACGAUAACGAAUUGUUAGCGAAUAACGAUUUUUUUUUUUUGUUUAGUUUUUUUCAUUUUUUGUAUCUCGAAAUACUCGUUGUAUUAUAAUAAUUAACAAUUCAAGUGAUAUUAUUUGUUAUAUGAUACACAUGCGCGUAUAACGAGAAUUUCAAGUAUCUGAUAUUAUCAUUUAAGUUAUGCACAAUGUUUGCAAAACUGACCUCGCUGAGCGUUUCUCUACUUAAUCAAUUAAUCAAUUAUCGUAUGGUGCUAAUAAGUUAUGCAAAAGCACAAGUAUAACCCGAAUGAAUGAAUUAGCAUAUCGGAUACGUCAACUCAAAUGUUAUUAGAACAAAAAUGAAAGAACAAAACGAAGUAGAAAAGGAAAGAAAAGUGUACAUAUCAUGAUUUGCAACUAUUAUUUAUUUAUGUAAUUUUACUAUGAUUUAUGUAAUCCUAAGAUGACCAGCUCAGCUGAUAAUUACCCUAAUUACUUAUAGGAAAUUUUUUUUCUUCUUCAUAUACUUCAAGUAAAUAUAAUUCAUUUGUAUAAUUAUAUUUAAUACCCAAAGCAAAUGUUCUAUUAUUACCUGCAGUAAAAGAAAAAAGAGAAAAAUUUAAAAAGUAAAUUUAUUGCUAAUCCAACAUUCUCGUCUUUGUUGAAAGUUAACUGAUAUUAUUUCAUUCGAAAACUCAUUUCUCGUGUAAAAUAUAAUAAUAAUAAUAAUUUACACAAAAAUA